AAGCUCGCUUGGUUUCGACAGCUUCGAGAGAGUAGACGUGUUGUGACGUGCGCGCUAAAGGCAUCGUUGCGUGCCUCGAGUUGUUUGACAGAUGGAGGUGGAAGAGACCUCCGAGAGGGAUGAUUUCCAACUCAUCCCCGGAAAUCGGAAGCGGAAGAAGACCCCUGAGAAUGUGCUCAGCAACAACAAGCUCAUCCCGCUAGCGGAAAACGAAAACAACAACAAUGCCAGCCCAGCAGGAGGAGGAGACGCCCCGGCGGCUCCACCACCCGGUCAGUCGGCAGAACGCCGGAAACGGACCACAAAAUGGUGCGACUACGAAGGUUCUCGAGUGUCCCGGAAUGGGUCGUGUGGCGGCUUCAAAAUGACGGCGGGGUUUCGCAAAAAGGACUCGGCUCCGAUUGACCCGGGCACUGGAGCAACCAGCAGGACGGGAGAGUCGUUCUAUUAGGGGAGAUCUAGAUUUAAAAAUAACAAGCAAAGGGGGGGGGUCGAUGUUUUCGACUAUACUUCAGAACGCAUUACAGAGGGAGUUCGCUGAUCGGAAUUGCGGAUUUGAAUGGGCGAAUUUCGUCGUGUUUUCUUGUCGAACGGGCUUUGGGCCAAAUUGUGCUAAGAACGCAAUUUUGUGCAAUGCCUCACCUUUAGACAUUCA